AUGACGUCUAAAUCUAUUGACUCCAUGAUGGAGAAGGCUGUGACCACCUCGCCAAAGUUUUUUAGUGACAUGAAUGCUGUUGAAGGAGUUAAGCAGCGAAAGAAGGCCAUUCGAAAGGAACGCAAAGAAAGUGCCUCAACUUUAACUCAGUGGUACGGUAUGAAAAAGUCGAAACUGGGUGCGGAAGAACGGCAAGAACUUGAGCUGCUGAAGUACCGAAACUUAAUUAACCCGGAGCUGAAGCACAAAACUCCCAAAAAUAACACAGGAACAAGUGGUUUUGUCGAAUUUGGGUACUUUGCAGGAACUGGAAGAAACAAGCGACGACGACUGAAGUCUUUUGCGGACGAGUGGAUGGAGGAGAAUCCUGAAGUGCAGCAAAUCGUACAGCGACGGUUGAAGCAAAACGUGCGACUAAAUCGCAAGGCGAAAGAGCGUAUGGCUAAGAAGGCUGCGAGAGAUGCUGAACGCGAGAAGGAAAAGAAGUCGUCUAAACGUUUAAAGAAAAGAGAUAUGAUGCUUUGA